AUGGAAGAAGGGUCGGAGUGGAUCAUCACUGAUGAUGUAGCUACUCAUCUUGAUUCAUUGGAUUCUUCUAUCAUGUUUAACAUGCAAGGUAUUAUGGGGUGCAAAACCAACUUCAUGGAAACGAGUGAAACGUUCAAACGUUUCAAAUUUGUGUUUGGGAGGAAGUUCGGAUUGGAAUACCCUGAAGAGGAAAACUCCCAGUUACCAAGUUACAAAGAGUUAGCAUAUUGGUCAUUGAGGUAUGAUUUCAGUGAGAACCUUGUUGAGCAUGUGGUGGUGAACACAACAACAACAAUUAGUGUUGGUUCUGCUAGAGUGCUUUUAGGUUCUGUGGAUUGGCCUGGUGGGUUGAAAACAGUUCCAAAAGGUUGGGCUUACAAUAGCACUGAAGGAAGGCCUUUGAAAAUUGGGGUUCCAGCAAUUGAUCCAUGCCCUCAGUUUGUGAAUGUGAGUCAUGAUAAGAGACUGAAUGAAACCCAAUUCACAGGUUUCUCUAUCAAUGUCUUUGAAUCAGUUGUUAAGCGCCGGCCUUAUCACCUGCCUUUUGUUUUUGUUCCAUUCUAUGGCUCUUAUGAUCAAAUAGUUGAACAAGUGAACAAUAAGGACCUUGAUGCUGCUGUUGGAGAUAUUCAAGUGGUGGAACAUAGAUAUGCAUUUGCGGAAUUCUCUCAUCCGUAUGUUGAAUCUGGUAUAGCCAUGGUGGUGAAAGUAAAGGCAGAUAGAUCCAAAGAAACCUGGAUGUUCAUGGACGCUUUUACAAAAGAAAUGUGGAUGUUGAUGGCGGUGAUGCACCUGUUCAUAGCAUUUGUAAUAUGGUUCAUUGAAGGUGAAAACAAUUCAGAGUUGAAGAGUCUUCGGGCCAUUCUCUGGUUUUCUGUCACCACAUUAUUCUUUGUACACAGAGAACCUGUGAAGAGCAACUUGGCUCGAGCUGUGCUAGCACCUUGGUUAUUUGCUAUUCUCAUAGUGACUUCAAGUUUUACUGCGAGUCUUUCAUCCAUGAUGACAGUGUCCCAUCUUGAACCAUCUGUGCCAGAUAUACAAACACUGCUGGGGACAAACGCAAUCAUAGGCUGCAACAAGAACACUUUUUUGGUCCAUUACUUAGUUGAUGAACUCAAAUUCAACCCUGAGAUUUGA